GUUUCAGAUUCCAAAAUGUCAGACAUAGGAGAUCAACAGGUUCUCCAAACGACUGUUGUCAGUCACACACAAGACUCGAGUCACUUAACUACUCCUGCUGAUGAUGAAAAUGCAGAAAUAUGUGCUCUUGGUGUCACCAUACUAGACCAAUCAACUGUAGAAAAGAAAGUUGAACAAAAGGUUGAUGCAGUACUUGCUCACCAUGAACAUAAGCAAAGGCUCAACAUAUUGGAACAAGAAUUUCGUCAAGUUUCCACAGAAAUUGAGCAGGCCCACAAAAAUGCAUCUCAGUUGAAUGAUAAACUUGCUAGCUUGCAGCACCGCAUCACAGACCCAAAGCGCUAUGCUGCGGCAGAACAAGAGGCUGCCAAAGGCUUUGCCAGCAUUGAUGAGCUUAAUGGCCGCCUUGAAAAGAUCAAAGAAGAGCUGUCUUCCAUGUCCCACACAUCAGGCGAUGACAAACUGCUGCAAAUCCAGUCUCUCUCCUCCCAAAAUACAGAAACUGAACGUGAGUGUCUCAUCAGAGUUGGAGAGAUCACGCCAUUUGCUACUGAAAUUUCUCUGUUUGCAGCCAGGCAGCGGUACAUGGAAUCUCAACCGUCAACUUCUAAAUUAUCACCAAGGCAAAAACCUUUGUUCAAUAAUGCUGGAUCAAAGAAACAAAAGUUUGAUAACAUAAAAAUGAGAGAUGCAAAAUCAAAUUCGUUAUGCUGUUUGAAAAAAACGAAAAAACGUCAGAAACAUUCAACUGAAAAUUUGAGUGGCUCUUUGUACAAGAGAGAAGAAAAUAGUUCCUGCCAACCAGAAUUACGUGCCUUGCCCAUGGAAGACGAGCUGGUCACUGACGAUGAUGAUGCCUCAGAAUAUCUACCGUCUGAUUCUUCUCGUUCAAGUGAUGAAUAUGAUGCAGAGGAGAGCAUACACUGUGAAGGAAGUGUUAUCAAGAAAACUGCAAAGAAGUUAAUUUCUGCACGUGGUAAAAUACGCCCUAAACUUGAGAUGACCCGCAGAGAAAGAAACAAGUUAUUGAAAGAAAAGAAACGUGCUGUAGAUGAUAGUAACUUUGACUCGUAUGAGAAACGGAUAAAAAAAUGGAAGAAGACGCAGGUGGUUGAUUGUAAUAACGUUUCGGGAUCUCUGGAUUAUGAAGUUCUAGGACGAAGUAUGCGGGUGCCCUCGAUUAUAUGGUCAAGGCUUUACAAAUACCAGCGAACGGGAGUGCAGUGGUUGUGGCAGCUUCACUCACAAGGCUGUGGAGGCAUCUUAGGAGACGAGAUGGGGCUAGGAAAAACCGUUCAGGUCAUUGCUUUCUUGGCUGGCCUACGUUGCGGCAGAGACACCAAUCACGCCCCGGUGCUCAUCGUAUGCCCAGCAACCCUUCUUCACCAGUGGGUAAGUCAUUUCCACGCUUGGUGGCCGCCAUUUAGAGUAGGGGUUUUGCAUCAAUCUGGAGGAUACGCAGGCAGCAGCAAGGUACUCAUGCACAAUAUAGUCAAGGAUAAAGGAGUGCUCAUCACUUCAUAUACAGGAGUACGUCUUCAUUUAGAUUCUCUGCUGAAGCACAACUGGCAGUAUGUCAUCCUCGAUGAAGGUCACAAGAUUCGUAACCCUGAUGCUCAAGUUACUGUGGCUGUUAAGAGCUUCAAUACUCCUCACCGCCUCAUUCUCUCUGGCUCGCCAAUUCAAAACAGCCUGAAGGAGCUCUGGUCUCUAUUUGAUUUUGUGUUUCCUAGUAAGUUGGGAACCUUGCAAGUGUUUUUGCAGCAAUUUGCAGUACCUAUCACCCAUGGCGGUUUUGCAAACGCCAGCAGAGUGGAGGUAGAGACUGGUUAUCAAUGUGCGGUGAUGCUACGCGACACAAUAUCCCCAUAUCUUCUCAGAAGAAUGAAAUCUGACGUAAAGGCUCAUCUCGAAUUGCCAGACAAAAGUGAACAAGUUCUCUUCUGCGCUCUUACUAAGGAGCAACGGCAGUUGUAUCAAGAAUAUCUUGCAGGCGACCAGUUAUCUCGAAUCAUGUCGGGAAAAAUGAAAGUCUUUGUUGGCCUCACCAAUUUGAGAAAGUUGUGCAACCAUCCCGAUCUCUUCACAGGCGGCAUCAAACUUUGUGCUGGUGAAACGGAAGAAGAUAUUCCUCGGUACAAUACCUACGGUUGGUGGGAGAGAAGUGGCAAGAUGCAAGUGGUGCAAGGCGUGCUGAAGGUAUGGCAUCAGCAGAAGCACCGCGUGCUGCUCUUCUCCCAGUCCUCACAAAUGCUCGCUAUCCUCGAGAAGUUCGUAGCUCAGCAGAACUACACGUACCUCAAAAUGUCUGGAUCUACUGCAGUGGGCGCUCGCCAGGGGCUCGUCAAGCAGUUCAACAAAGACGCCAACAUUUUCGUGUUCCUCCUAACAACGCGUGUUGGAGGUCUCGGUGUGAACCUCGUCGGGGCGGACCGGGUUCUUAUCUACGACCCCGACUGGAACCCCUCGACAGACACCCAGGCUAGAGAAAGAGCCUGGAGAAUCGGCCAAUUGAAAAAUGUCACCAUUUAUCGGUUACUGACAGCAGGCACGAUCGAGGAGAAAAUCUACCAUCGGCAAAUCUUCAAGCAGUUCCUAACAAAUCGGGUCUUGAAAGACCCCAAACAGCAGCGUUUCUUCAAAACCAAUGAUCUAUUUGAACUUUUUUCUCUCAAUGAAGGCGAGGAAGAAAAAACGGAAUCGUCAGCUCUGUUCGCCGGACUCAACUCGGACGUCAUCCCUUCCAAAGUUGCGCGCAAGGCAAGGAAAGACGAGAGCCGCCAUGUAAAGCGAUCUGUAGACGGAGCCAAAAAGCGUGCAAGACCUCAAUCUAUGUCUUCCCGGGAGAAAGAUAAGGCAGAACCAAAAGACGAGUUACGUAAAAAGAGAAUAAAGCGAGAAGAAGUUUGUUCCAAAAAAGAACUUAGCUCGAAAAGCCUACUGCAGCAAAAUGACGCCGAGAACUUGAGUACUAUUGCGUCAAUCAAAGACGAAAAUUGUAAUGAAUAUGACGUUGAGAAAAGCAACCUAGCCAAAAAAUCUAACGUAAAUAUCGGUAAUGAGACAGGUUGUAGCAUUGAAAAUCCUGAAGAUGGUAUAUCGAUCGGUACUAAAUCCUAUCUCUCUCUUUCACCAUCAACUCCCAUCGGCCAGAGAGAAAUUUCCUCGCCAGUUUUAAAGCGUGCAUUGUCAGGCGAGGAACCGAAUCCCUGCGUCGCAGCUACUGGAAAUCUUGAUGGUGUAUCUUCUUCAACGCUACUACAGAGUGACGGAGUGGAGAAGGCCGAAUUAGAAAUCACCGAAGAAACUUCUAUGAAAGACAAUAAAAUCUCAGCUUCAGAAGCUUUUUCUGGUUUAUCGAGUGAUGGCUUUGAAUUAAAAUUAAAUAACUGCAAAUCUGCUGCAGAAUCGGAAGAACAAACUUGCCCAUCGUCAAACGAAAAAAUACUUGUACCUCCCAUGCCGCCUGGUUCUCAUUCCGAAGUACUAGAAAGUAUAGAAUCUGAGAAACCUUUAUCUCCGGUCCAGCAUGCGCGUGAUGCAACACUAGACUCUCCAGCAGUCGAAGACAAGGAUGCUGAAAUCAAGAGGGAAAAAAUGCGGAUGCUUGCAAGAAUGCUGAGCAAAAAAAUAGGGUCAAAAAGUAGUGCGUCAAAUGAAACUUCUUCGUCGUCCAGGACAAAACAUGAAAGUAUGAGCGGCGUUGAAAAAGCUCAUUCCGGUAAGAUAAAAACCGAUCAUAGACGUGGCCUGGGAAAUAAUUGCAGACGUGGUCGUAAAUUUGAAGGGGAGCGGAUAAGUUACCUUGUGAAGAAGAGGAAAGCCAAAGGUCUUGAAGACGAAAAAGCAGAAGACAGUAAAGCGCAAGACGACUACGUGCUGUCUAAACUUUUCAAAAGGUCUGGCGUGCACACAGCCUUAAGCCAUGAUGCCAUCGUAAAUUCCAGCGAUCCAGACUAUUUGCUACUUCAGUCUGAAGCUGAUCGAGUUGCUAAAGAAGCCAUGAAAGCUCUGAGAGCCUCGAGAUCUCGCUGCCCGACUCUGCAGCCUCCUAAACCGAAUCCAAUCCGAUUUGGAAUCGGUUCUUCCGACAUGUCUGAAAUACCGAGGUUCAACGAUGACAAACCGCGAGCAGAGAAAGAUACGGUCGAAGACACCUUUACUUUAGGAGGCUGUUCAUUCGACAGCGAAGGCAGCGGAAUGAUGUCCUCGAGCCAGCUUCUGCAGCGCAUUCGUGAGCGCCAGACUCGUCUCCGUGGCACCAACGACGAUGAACGAGAGAACGAAGAGGUUUCUGGUUCAAGCGUUGCCGUAGAACUUGAUGCCACCACCUCCGCUAACCUCGAUCUUCUCAGCGACAUCAGAAACUUUGUAGCUUUCCAAGCAAGCACUGAUGGGAGAGCAUCUACCAAUGAAAUUAUUGACAAGUUCCGAGCUCGCUUACCGAAGGAAAAGACGCAUAUUUUCAAAGCUCUGCUCAAAGAAAUAUGUGAUUUCCGGAAAGAUAACGGCCAGGGUUUUUGGUAUAUCAAGCCUGAGUUUCAAUGAGUUAUAAUUUCUUGAUCAAUACAAGUAUCUUCUUUGAACGUGGAAUAAAAAAUAGUGCUUUCCUCCUGUACGGUCGGGCUCUCUUCUAAAAUGCUAGUCGUUCAUCAACGGAAUUUUGUUAGUCGAUACUAUUAAUUUGCAUUUUUAUUUUACUUUAGUUCAAAGGAAAUUAAAAUAUAUAUUUCGUUUCAUAUCGAUAUAUUUCUAAUGAGUUGAACAUCCGUCCUCGCAUGCAUUAGAUAAUAUACGAGAACAAUUGUUCCGUGCAUCAUAAUAUGUGUCGUGAUUUAACAAAGUGUCAUAGGACAAUUAAUCAUUUGAAAUCGUUCUAAAUAAACUGUUCUAUCACAUGAAUAAGUUAACAGUUGAUGCAACUUCAAACGAACUGUGAUAACGGAUGUUUAUAAGUUCUAUUUUUCAGGAGUACGACGCCUCCACGAGCUGUUUAAGUUAGAUUAAUUUAUGUUGAAAAGGACUCCAUAAACGUGUAGCUCAAAUUUAAAUAGAAAGCUGUUUUACUUGGAUUAUUUUAUGUUGAUAAAGUGAUAAAGGAACUCCACAAACGUGUAGCUCAAAUUUAAAUAUACCAUUUUCAGGUGGUGUA